AUGAAAAGCUUAAGAAGAUGGAACUGCUUUGAAAUGCUUUUCUUAGAUAGAGAGAGUGAGUUAACCAGCACCUUCUUCAAUGAUAAUGCUGAUGAAAUAUAUGUAUCUUUCAAGUUGCUAAGAGUUUUGGCUUUUGUUCCAUCUUCAUUUCUUCAAAGAGUGCCAUCACGCGUACAGGAUUUAGGUUUUUUGAGAUACCUAUCUGUUACAGAAUGGUUUGAGGGUCUUGAUUAUGUAGUGUCAACCAAUCAAAACUUGCAGACACUUGUUGUUUCUCGUAAAGAAUCCCAAUUUGGAGCACCUACUCUCCACUUGCCUUGCACAAUUUGGGAGUUACCGCAGUUACGACAUCUUAAGCUUGACAAAUCUUAUGUGAUUGACCCUCCAAGCAUGGUUAAAGAUAAUAUGCGGACAUUAUCUUGGGUGUGUUCACCUCAUUGUAGAGCAGGAGUAUAUUGCAAGUUUCCAAACAUUGAAAAAUUUAAAGUUUCUGUAUUUAGCAGCAAUAAUCCUAUUGUUUUGGAUAAUCUUGAAUAUUUGGAAUGUCUUGAGAGACUAUCAAUCUCAGUUGCAUUUGGUUGCGUUGUAACCCUUCCAAAGCCAUCUAUGUUUCCUUCACAACUAAAGAAGUUGAGGUUGAACGGUACUAACCUUUCAGGGAGCGAUUUAAAGGCAAUUGAAAUGUUGCCUCAGUUUAAGGUUCUCAAAUUGGAAAAUGCCUUUCAUGGAAAAGUAUGGAUAGUACAAGGAUUUUCUCGAUUAGAAUUCUUACUUCUUGAAAAUAAAAUGCUCGAGCAAUGGAUGGUCGCCGGUUUUGAAUCCUUCUCAUGUCUUGAGCACUUAGUCUUAAGAUCUUGUUAUUGUUUGGAAAAAAUCCCUGAAGAUAUGAAAGAUAUUUCGAUGUUGAAGUCAAUUGAGUUGCAGCGGUGUUGUCCGUCCGUUAUCACUUCUGCAAAGCGUAUUCAAGAAUAUCAACGCCAUGACUAUGGAACCGUAUUUUUUGAGAUCAAAAUCAUUGGAGAAGAAUCUAUACCUUCAGAUGAUGAAUGACAAGCUAAGGGGAUAUCUGGGAAGAUCGAAUAUCUAAAGUUGAAUAAUCAAAUGCAAAGAAGAGCGGAAGAUGCCUAUUACUAUGAAACUAAUAUAAUCCAGAUUUGGAACAUGUUGUACACAUAUGAGAGUCGAUUCUCGUUGCUUAGAUAAUUGUGUACUAACUGUCUCAAACUGUUGGGCUGGUGAAUGGUACUUUUGAGUUGUGAUUAUAUAUUUUCUUGCACUUUGUGGAUAUUGUAUUUUUUGGGUGUGAAAAUAUUUUCAGUAUUUGUCUAAGAGUUUUGUAA